UACACAGUGACGGGUCUGGAGGACUACACAGAGUAUGAGAUCAGGGUGUACGCCAAGAAUGACAUCGGUGAAAAUACUGACUAUGCCAAAGUAGUGGGACACACAUUGCCAAAUCCUCCAGGCCCAGACACAGGAAUCACUGUGAAGUACAACACAGAUGAUGGGACCGUGAAAGUCAAGGAGCUGAGAGUAGAGAAUAGUUGCAUCCAACUGGAAGUCAAGUAUGAAGGCAAUGACACCUGGCACGAAUGUGGAAAGUGUAUCGAUGCUGAUCAGACAGUGAGACUCUCUGAAUGGUGUGCAGCAUCACAAAAGAGAAGACGACGAGCUAUAGAUGACAUUGAAGAUGUCCGCGCUAAACUCUGCAUUGAUGGUUUGUGUAGUGAAGCAGCACCUGCAAAAAACGUGAAAAACCCCAUCCUGGUACCCCAACAGCCUGCUGAUAACACCGGAAUCAUUGUCGGUGUCAUAGUCGCAGUGGUCGUGUUAACUUUAGUCAUAGUACUUGGAGCCUACGCAAAGAGGAAGUUCAAGUUCAGAAGCCAUAGCGAGGGGGAAAAUGAAACUAAGUGCAAGGCCAAGAGUCUUUGUCUGGAAUCAACAAGUUCAAAGUCACCCAGAUAUACUGACACAGAUGCACAGUCACCAUAUCAAGAAAUAACUGAAUUAGACGUCAUUGGACAGCAAGCUAAUCGGGAUCAAGGAGCAGCAAUAUACUCAAAUGUCCCCAUGGAAAGCAAAGCAUUCCCACGAGAUCAGCUGCAGAUUGUCAGAGAGCUUGGACAUGGGGCUUUUGGUCUGGUGCUUCUUGCUGAAGCUACUGGGAUAACAGAGAGGUCAAAGGUCACCUUGGUAGCAGUUAAGACACUCAAAGAUGGAGCCAGUAAGAGUGAUAAAGAUGGCCUAAUGAAGGAGAUAGACUUGAUGAAGAAGUUACCAGACCAUUGUAAUGUAGUCAGGCUCCUAGGAUUUUGCAUAGACAAAGAACCACUAUACAUCAUUGUUGAGUAUCUGUCCAGAGGCAAUCUGAAAGAUCUUCUUCAAGACAGUCGCAGUAAGGGUGGUCGUGUCUAUGGAAACCUGCAUGGCAUCAGUAAGUCAUUGACUUCGAGGGAUCUGAUGAAAUUUGCCAAGGACGUUGCUAAUGGAAUGGCCUUCAUUUCAUCUCAAAAGUGCGUCCACAGGGAUCUGGCUGCCCGUAACGUGCUAGUGGCUGAGGACAUGUUAUGUAAGGUGUCUGAUUUUGGACUUGCUCGUGACGUCCUGAACAUUCGAGUAUAUGAACGAGGAUCGGAGGGUGCUCUGCCCAUGCGCUGGAUGGCUCUUGAGUCGUUGUUGGAUGACGUAUACACAACAGAGAGUGACGUGUGGUCAUUUGGUGUACUUCUGUGGGAGAUUGUUACUCUUGGUGCUCGUCCAUAUCCAGCUAUGACUGCUAAGAUGAUGGUUGGUGAGCUUCAGUCAGGUUAUCGAAUGCCAAAACCACACCACUGUCAAGACGAAUUGUAUGAGAUGAUGUUGAGUUGUUGGGAUGAGGAUCCAGAGAACCGACCUACAUUCGAGGUGAUCAGUCAGGAGCUGGAGGGACUUAUCAAAAAAGGAAAGGAGUACAUUUCGGUCAAGAGCUUUUCAGAGACGAUUUAUGAAGCCGUUCAACCAGCAGAUAAAGAGGAAAAGGUUUAAGCAUUACGACAGCUUAGGGUUGAGUGGCCAUGGAGGAAGGACACAGAAGGAGUUUGAACUUCCAGGGCUACAACUUCCGGCAUGCCUGGUAUGUCCAUAGCCAGAGCGCAGCGAGUGCUCGCUACGCACCACCUUUUUCACAAGCAUUUGCCCCCUUUGUACCCCAUGAUCGUCACCGCAAUUUUUCGCUGGUAAUCUACCUCCUUAAAAUGUCGUGUAUUGCAGUAUAGGAUGUUAAAUAUUCAUGCCAUCGUUGGUAUAAUAACUUCGAAUUUAAUGCUUGGGCAGUUGCUUGUAUAAGGCUGUGUGCCCUAAGUGUUCAUCUGCAGUUAUUGCUCUAAUCGAACGCUUUCUUCUGGAGUUGUUUUGGGAAUAAAUAGCCCAGUUGUUUAUGAGAUAUUGUGU